CCCAGGUGAGCGCAGAAGGAGGAAGACAUCGGUCCUGCCUUCGGCGGCGGGGGAACCGGCUGUAGUCCCCGCGGGCGCUGCCCCAUCCGAGCUGUGGGGCUGUGCUUACUCUGGGGUGUCGGAGCCUUGCCGGCGGGGUAAAUGUGGAUGGGGUCCUGCAGGCGUUUUCUUCCCGCCGCUGGCUUUAUGUUUUCAGCGGUGGGAGCUGAUGUCGCCUCCUUUGGCAUGAGCAGCAGAUCUGGCUCAUCAGAGCCCUUGGUGUGGCUGGGGGCACAAGCGCCGGGUUUGGGCCUCUCUGCUGGGGCACAUCGGCUGCUGAACUGCACUUCUCUUCCCUGCUAAGCCUUGUUUUGUCGGGAGGUUGCAGAAAAAAGUUCGAAAUCAACUCAAGAAGAUGAAGCCUAAUAAAGGAAAGAUGUGCAGUAGAGAGAGAGACUAUAUGUACAAAUUCAAUGCUGGAAAUCAACAUUUAGUGCUUACCGUGCCUCUCAAAUUCCCUGUGCAAGAGAAUAUUAGUCAUUUGCAUGGACGUCUAAUGCUUCUGCACAAUUUGCCAUGCUUUAUAGAAAAUGACCUGAAGCAGUCUCUUAAGAAGUUUGUAGAAGAGGAAACUAUAAAAGAUUAUGAUAGAGAAGCUGAAAUGGCUCUGGAAGCAGUGAAAUCGGGAAAAGUAGACAUAAACCAGCUGGCAGAUACUUGGGCUAAAGCUUAUAAAGAGACAACCUUAGAAUAUGCAAAACCUGAAGAAACCAGCUGGGAUGAAGAUUUUGCAGAUGUUUAUCAUGAUCUUAUACAUUCUCCAGCUUCUGAAAUGCUGUUAAACCUGGAACACAAUUAUUUUGUUAGCAUCUCAGAAUUAAUAAGUGAAAGAGAUGUGGAACUGAAAAAACUUCGGGAAAGACAAGGAGCUGAAAUGGAUAAGGUGAUGCAGGAGCUAGGGAAAUCGCUAACAGACCAAGAUGUAAAUUCAUUAGCAGCUCAGCAUUUUGAAUCUCAGCAGGAUUUGGAGAACAAGUGGACCAAUGAAUUAAAACAGUCUACUGCCAUCCAGAAGCAGGAAUAUCAGGAAUGGGUGAUAAAACUUCAUCAGGACCUAAAGAAUCCCAACAACAGCACAGUCAGUGAUGAAAUUAAUAUUCAGCCCAGCCAACUGAGAGAAUCUGUAGAAGGAAACGGAAGAAUUUAUGAAGAGCAGAGGCUGUUAGAAGAAAGUUUUACUAUUCACUUGGGAGCUCAGUUGAAGACUAUGCAUAAUUUGAGAUUACUGAGAGCUGAUAUGCUAGAUUUCUGUAAACAUAAACGCAAUCAUCGAAGUGGAGUAAAACUUCACAGACUUCAAACUGCAAUGUCUCUCUAUUCAACUUCUCUCUGUGGCCUGGUUUUGUUGGUAGAUAACCGUAUCAGUUCAUACAGUGGCAUCAAAAGAGAUUUUGCAACUGUUUGCCAAGAAUGCACAGAUUUCCAUUUUCCUGGAAUUCAAGAACAGCUUGAAAUUGUCCAGAAGGUUGUACUUAAGGCCAGAGCACAGCGUAGCAGUAAGUCGAAAAGACAUCAUGAAAACAAAAGUAGUGGAAGUGAAGAUAAAUUAAAGAAUAUAGAACGAAACCAGUCAAACAUUUUGCCGGGAGAAUUCUACAUCACACGCCAUUCAAACCUUUCUGAAAUUCAUGUUGCUUUUCACCUCUGUGUGGAUGAUAAUGUAAGAUCCAGUAACGUAACUGCUCGGGAUCCUGCAAUCAUGGGACUCAGAAACAUUCUCAAAGUCUGCUGCACACACGACAUUACUACCAUUAGUAUUCCUCUCCUUUUGGUGCAUGAUAUGUCAGAAGAAAUGACUAUUCCAUGGUGCUUGAAGAGGGCAGAGCUUGUGUUCAAGUGCGUAAAAGGUUUCAUGAUGGAAAUGGCCUCAUGGGAUGGAGGAAUUUCUCGGACUGUACAGUUCUUGGUACCACAGACAAUUUCUGAGGAAAUGUUUUACCAACUGAGUAAUAUGCUUCCACAAAUCUUCAGAGUAUCCUCUACAUUGACUCUGACCUCUAAGCACUGAAUGUUGUGCAGCAGGCAGUAAGACGUAUCAUGUUGCCACAGGAUGAGAUUGCAGAGAUUCUGGACUGGAAUGUCUCUCCUUUGAGGGAUGAUGACCCUGAAGUGGUAUUUGUUGCAACUUCAAAAAUCAUGACAUCAUAAUAAAAGAUAAAUACUGUUUGUA